AUGGACUUUCCGAUGGACGCCCCGCACCAUAAGGUGAAAGGCCGGGCUGCGCAGGAGCUAUUCGAAACUAUCAGGAACAUUGCGAGCAUGUUGUUUGUCUUUCCGGUACUUACACGGUUGGUAGCCCAAACCUGGAAGAAAAGCAAAUGGCUUAUUCCCAAGGUCUGCUGGAUCAGUCAGUCAGUCAAAAUUGUCCGCCUGUCCACGCCGCUGCAAAACUUCGCGACCAACAGGAACUGGCUUCUUAGCCGCCGCUGUCAAGUCUCUUGCUCUGCUUUGACAGGCCCAAGGCUGCUGGGGUCUCGUGUCCAACGGAUCCCAGUCCAACCCCUCCUUCUGCUGCGGCCGACUGCGGCCCCUCCAUCAUCAACAACCGGAAUCCUGGACGCCCCAACCCCCCCCGGCAGCUCUCUCAGCUGCCCUGAUCUGACAUCACUCCAGAUCACCUCGCAACGCCCUUCAGGUGGCUCGUUCUCCGAAAGAGAAUCUCGAGCUUCCUCUCCCGGCGCAUCGCGUCCUCGAGGCCGAUCGCGCAAGAUUGCCGCCACCGGCAAGAAGGCGUCGCGAAAGGCUCUUAGCGUAUUAAGUCGAAUUCGUGCUCUACAUUAUACGCCCCCGUCUGGGAAAAUGGCACAAUCGCCCAUCCGAAUAGAUACUGACGUUCACGGAACCAAACGAGGCCUAUCAUACGAAGCAACCGGAGGCUCUGAUGGCCUGCCGGCACCGUCGGAUCAGGACCAAACAGAGACACUGAUAACGGAUGCUGCUUCGCGACUACCGCCAUUUCUGAGUCUCCCAAAUAUAGAAAUACGGAAGAAAUUCGAGGAACUCGAAUGGCUCCAACGAUCACGGAUAGCACAAGGGGCGAUGGCCAAGGAUCCAUCACACCGGUGGGCUCUUGAGAAUGACCCGGAAGUAAAGGCACGGAACCGUUAUAUGAAUGUGCAAGCAUGGGCAAAUUCGCGCAUCCGUUUAAAGGUGCCCGAAGGACAAUGUGAUUUCAUCAACGCAUCGCCUAUUGUAUUUAAAGAUUCUCGUACGGGAGACGAGACGAGGUAUAUUGCUACGCAAGGUCCAAAGAAUGGCAUCCACUUAGCACAUUUCUGGCAUAUGGUGUUUCACGAAAGCGCGGAUGUAGCGGUAGUAAUCAUGUUGACUCAAACAGUCGAAGCUGGAAGAGAGAAGUGUGCACAAUAUUUCCCUCUGGACGUUGACGAUGCGGUGAUGAAAUUCCCGACAGCAUUUGACGAUUCGCCUGUCAGUGACGAAGAAUCUCAAGAAGACGAGGCCGAAGACGAAGACGAAGCGGAACUAGAGGAAGAAAAGGCAGAGGGAGAAGAAGAGGAAGCGGAAGAAAUAGGAAAAGAUAGCGACCUAAAUAUAUCCGGGAGCAUCACUCUUCGUGAACACUUCUUCGAUGAAUCAUGUCGGUCUGAAAUUCGAAAGUUGGAACUCGAAAUUGACGGCGAGAGCAAGACCGUUUGGCAUUUCCUAUUUGCGGGAUGGGCAGACUAUUCAAAGCCAGAAGGGGAAGAACGGAGCGCACUUCUUCAGCUCUUUCAACGCACAGCCGAAAAGACGACUCCGGAGAACCCUCGCAUAGUCCAUUGCAGUGCCGGUGUGGGCCGGACCGGCACCUUUAUUGCACUAGAUCACCUAUUGCGUGAAUUGGAUUCUGGUGAACUGCUUAGUUCCGAAUCUUCCAGCGAAGACCCGAUUUUUGACACUGUGAAUCAACUGCGAGAGCAGCGAAUGAUGAUGGUUUACAAUGAGAUGCAGCUGCAAUUUAUUUAUGAAGUUCUCCGUGAGCAAAGCAUUCAGAAACUUGGGGGCUCACUUGUCGAUGAUAUGGCUGUGGAUUUGAGAUCACCAAAGGUACCACGAUUGUCAGCAGAUGAUAAGUAUACAAUCUCAGACAAGCCAGAGCUGGAGCCAAUCACCAACGAGGAAUCACCUGUCUCAGUGGACGAAUAA